GUGUACUCUUCAGGUGCCCCUCAUCUGCCGUUUUUUUCGGCAAAAUUAUCCACACCCACCGCCGCGCUAUGCAUUCUGGGAUAUGUUGGGCCACGAAGUCUACACCGCCACGUCCUUAAAAUUCAGGGAAAUGAAGGACGCAUUUGAGGGCCGCAUUUCGAGCAGCCUUUGGAUUGGGACAGCCUUUGUUGCGUCGCGGUGACGUAAUCGGCCUUAAAAUGCGGCCUUUAAGGCUGCAGACCCUGAAUAGGGAUACAGCCUGUGUGACCAAUAACAUGGCUGCUGUGAGGUCACCGUACUACAGACCUAUCAGUGUCUGUAACUCCACCCUCUCGUCCUAACAGGGCUCUUCUGUCUUGGCAGCAAAAAUGUCCAUCUUUUAUAUACAGGUAAUGCUGGCUCAGCGGCUGAGCGUGCACACUUUGUGACGUGUUUUACUGCAGGUGUAACACACAUGAGCGUGACCAACGGAGCUUAGUUCCGGUGUUUUUCCCGGUUCAGUAAAGGACCUUUGCUUGACUUUUACUUGAAUCACCCUGAGGAGCAGCAGCAGUCCUCGGAAGCCUCCGUCUCAUACGCACGCACGCGCUCACGUGCUCACACACCAUCGCACCGGCGCACGCGCUGGUGCUCGCGCCCCAUGCUGCAGGUAGUAACCCCUCCCCCUCCGUCCUGCCGCUUCAAACACAAUAACCUCCGCCGCCGCUCCUUCCCCGGACACGCCGGCCGCCUUCCCCCGGGCUCUGCCUCGCUGCUCCGGCCACAGCAGGUAUGUUCCGAUUGGCUGCCUGCACUCGACCUCUGACCUCUGACCUGAGUGUGUGUCCGACCUCAGCCCCGUGGCCACGGCGAUGAGGAUGACCUGCUCUUGCUGAUGUUUGAAGGGUGGAUAGAAGGGCAGGAAUCCUGCGAUUACACAGCAGAGGGUUUUGGGAAUGCUGGGAAUUGUGCGUGUGGAAUAUUCAGCCUGUAAACAGAUGCUCAUUAAGAAUGUGAAGCCUUUUAUUCCCUGAAAAACUGAAGUGAGACAUUUUAGAUAACUGAUACACGUCAAACGUUCAGAUGAUUUAUUGUUUUUUACGUUUUAUUGGAUGCUAACGUUCCUGUUUGACUUCACGUUCUUCGUUUCUGGAUAUUUUUUAUCUCCGCCUCCCUCUUGGCUGGAGGAAAUGGAUCAAUCUGCACUGAAGCGAGAAUACGCGACAGGAAGUUGAUCCCUACAGGGAGCGAGGACGAGAACAAACUGGGAAUAUGUCGUGGAAGAGGAACUACUUUGCAUCAGGCAGCAGUGGAAGUGGUGUCAGCGGAGGAGGAGGAGGCGGAGGUGGGGCUGGGACACAGGGAAUCCUGACACCUCGCACCAUGACGUCCAUCGCUCCCAGCAAAGGGCUGAGCAACGAGCCGGGACAGAACAGCUGCUUCCUGAACAGCGCUCUGCAGGUCCUCUGGCACCUCGACAUCUUCCGCCGCAGUUUCCGUCAGCUGACCACCCAUAAGUGCAUGGAGGACUCGUGCAUUUUCUGCGCUCUUAAGAGCAUCUUUGCUCAGUUCCAGUACAGCAGCGACAAAGUUUUGCCGUCCGACGCGCUCCGCAGCGCGCUCGCCAAAACCUUCCAGGACAAGCAGCGGUUUCAGCUCGGCAUCAUGGACGACGCUGCGGAGUGCUUCGAAAACAUCCUGAUGAGGAUCCACUUCCACAUCGCAGACGAGACCAAAGAAGACAUCUGCACAGCCAGACACUGCAUCCCCCACCAGAAGUUCGCCAUGAUGCUCUUUGAGCAGUGUGUGUGCAGCAGCUGUGGAGCCUCCUCAGAUCCUCUGCCCUUCAUUCAGAUGGUCCACUACAUCUCCACCACCUCCCUGUGUAACCAGGCAGUGAAGAUGUUGGAGUCGAGGGAGAAGGCGACCCCGGGCAUGUUUGGGGAGCUGCUACGAAACGCCAGCAUGGGGGACCUGCGCAACUGUCCUAGUCAGUGCGGUCAGCAGCUGCGGAUGGCUCGCGUCCUCCUCAACAGUCCGGAGAUCAUCACCAUCGGCCUGGUGUGGGACUCGGAUCACUCGGACCUGGCCGAGGACGUCAUCCACACCCUGGGAACCUGCCUGCGCCUCGGGGAUCUGUUCUACAGGGUGACCGAGGAGAAGGCUCGGCAGUCCGAGCUCUACCUGGUCGGGAUGGUGUGCUACUACGGGAAACAUUACUCCACUUUCUUCUUCCAGACUAAGAUCCGCCGGUGGAUGUACUUUGAUGACGCACACGUCAAAGAGAUCGGGCCCAAGUGGAUCGACGUGGUUUCGCGCUGCAUUAAAGGCCACUACCAGCCGCUGCUGCUGCUGUACGCCGACCCGCGGGGGACGCCAGUGUCUGCGCAGGACCUGCCCUCGCGCCUCGACCUCCACCACCUCAACAAGGCCUGUUACGACAGCGAAGACUCGGGCCGCGAGCCGUCGAUCUCCAGCGACACUCGCACCGAUUCGUCGACGGAGAGCUACUCGUACCGACAGCCCUCCCACUCGCACCAUGAGUCCCUGGCCAGUCGCUACUCCUCCGACUCCCAGGGAACCGUCAUCUGCAUCGACCGCCCAGACGGAGCCCUGCACGCCUCGCUCUGCAGCCUGGAUACCGUAGGCCACGCGACGGACGGUGAGCAGCAUCAGCCUCCGAGGAAAGGAGGCGUGGCCGGGGAUAGGAGGCGGAGCGCUAGCCGCCACCGGCGGUCUAAACCUGAGAACGAAGCGUCGUCGGCUGGUUACCACAGUGAGGGCGAGACGUUAAAGGAGCAGCAGGUUCCUCGUCACCUCCCCAAACCUUCGUCUUCCUUCUCAUCAUCGACCAGCCGCCUGCGAGACUUCAAGGAGACCAUGAGCAACAUCAUGCACAGCCGACCCCUCUCCUCCUCCUCCUCCACGUCUCUGCCGGCCGCCGGCUUCUCCUCUGAAAUCGCCCCCUCCUCGAACAGCAGCCAUCACCACCACCUCCCUGCCAGCAGCGCCGCUCCUUCCUCCUCCUCCUCCGCUGGGAAAGCUCAGGACUGGGAGGCCGACAGCACCAGCAGCGAGUCAAAGUCCAGCUCCUCCGGGGGAACAGGGAGGUACCGGCCGGCUUGGAGGCCCCGGAGGGAGGCGCUCAACAUCGACAGCAUCUUUAACCGCGAGAGGCGGAGGCAAGCAGGGUACAGCCCCCUCGGAGCGCCGCUGCUCGACGACUGUGGAGCUCAGGACGCCUCCUCAGCCCUGGAGGAGGUGACGCCUGUCCGGACGGGCUCCUCCAGGACUCUCCCCGCCUCCUUCUCCAGCAGCCACAGAGGAGGUGGAGCUGGACCGGGAGGUGAGAACGAAGGAGCGGGAGGAGCCGUGCUGUCUCCCGCUGCUCCUCCUGCUGCUCCACCCAGGCUGAUCCAGAGGAUGGAGAGCGGCUACGAGAGCAGCGAGAGGAACAGCAGCAGCCC